CUGCUUUUCUUUAUCUAUUUGAAUUUAUUUUAUUUUAAUAAUGACAACACCUUAUAAUGGAACUGUAAAAAAUGAGUGGAUUCAAUUUGAUCCUAAUGUGCAUUAUUAUUAUGAUGAACAAGGUCAACUUCAAUAUUAUGAUCCUAAUUCAGCUGUAAAUUAUGGUUAUGAACAAGAAAAUCUUUAUUACAAUAACCAAAUUUAUACCCCAUCAUCUACUUUACAACAACAACAACAACAACAACAACAAAUUGUAAAUAGUUCUUAUACAGAAGCUUCUCGACAACCAACACCAGAAGAGAUAUUAUUACCUUGUCCUGAACCUACUUGUAAAGGUGAAAACAAACCAGCCUCUAAAUUCUGUGAAGAAUGUGGAAGACCGCUGAAACCAGCCUCUAGAUCGGUUACGCCUGCUGCUACUAUAAAUAAUAAUAAUAAUAAUACUAAUAAUAAUAAUCUUAUUAAUUCAUUAACAAAAUCUUUUUCAAACCAUCAAAUUCAUGACGCCCAUCAUCUUUAUCAACCUAUUCCUCCACUUCAAAGACCUCCUACUGCACCUGUUUAUUCUUCAAGUCCUUUAGAUUCAGUACAAGCUGUACCACUUUAUGAUACGCCUUCUGUAGGCAAUGCAGUCCAUUCUAGUAGUAAACAACCAUCGUUAUAUUAUAACGGUGUUCAUCAUCAAUCUAUGCAAAACUUAUAUGGACUUCAACAAGAACAUCAAGAUUAUCUAGCUACACCUAGUCAAUAUAAUCCUGUAAAUACUUAUGAACAACAACAACAACCGACUGUCGAUCCUCUUGACAGAGCAAAAGGUUGUCCUAUCGUCACCUUUGGAUUUGGUGGUAAAAUGCUCGUGACCUUUCCACGAACAGUAGCCAAUUAUUACUCUUCUACUGUAAAACCUCAGCCAGGUCCUAUUCAAAUCAAAUCCUUGAAGGACUUCAAUCUUGCUACUCACCUACAAUUCCCAGGACCUGUCUUGUUGGACAGCAAAGUAGGAACCAAACAGAAAAGGAAAGAUGUUAGUCAUUAUAUCACUCAGAUCAUAGAUGAACUUGAAAAGCAAAAAAAAUCGUCUAUGAUUGUAGUUGAUUCUGUUGAAUACCAUAGACUAGAAUCAAAGAUAUUACUAUGGCAAUUGAUGAAGGUCAUGAUCGAAAACGAUGGAUUUAUUAAUGACAAAGAUAAAAUGGAUCAAGCUCUUCUUUCAGUUAUACGUCCUAAAAUAGAUAAUGUAGAAGAAUCCUAUUUUAAUCUUCCUUCUUAUGAUAAUAGAAUUCAAAAAGAAAAUGGUGAAAAAGGAGGAGUAGCUGAGGAGGAGGAGGACUUGUCUGAAUAUAUGCUAUCUAAAAUUGAACAUUAUUUAUUGAAUGGUGACCGAGUUGGAGCUGUUAAUUAUGCAAUUCAAGAGGAUUUAUGGGCUCAUGCUUUAAUCAUUAGUAGCUGUGUUAAUAAGGAGCUUUGGCAAAAAGUAAUUAGUCAUUUUGUAGAUCGAGAAAUGAAUUCUACACCUGAAAUGCGACGUCAUAGAAAGUUUAAUAAUAUUGCUGGAAGUAAUCAAGCAUUACGCGUCAUGUAUUCCUUAUUCUCUGGUGCAGGUCCUGCAGCAAUGAAGGAAUUUAUUGUCAAUGAUGUUCAACAUGUACAUACUCCUUAUGGAUUACAAACAGUGACUCCACCCGUUGAUCCAUCACAGUUAAUUAAAUGGAGACAUACUUUAGCUAUCAUUUUAGCAAAUAGGACAGUAAGAGAUUUAGAUGCGUUGACUGCUUUAGGAGAUAUUAUGAAAGAACAAGGAUGGAUUGAAGCCGCUCAUAUUUGUUAUCUUCUUUCCCCUCAAAGCUCAAUUCAUUCUGGUUAUGAUACAGUAAACGUCAGGAUGUCAUUGAUUGGUAGUGAAAAGCCCAAUCUUGAAGCCUAUUAUUUGACCGAGAUUUUUGAAUUUGCAAAUUCAUGUCACACUUCUAAUUCUACCGUUUGUUUACCAUUUCUACAAGGAUAUAAACUGGCUCAUGCAUGGAUAUUAGCAGAUUAUGGAUAUACUGAUAUUGCACAACGAUAUUAUGAAUCUAUUGAUCAAUGUAUAAAAUCCUAUAAUAAGGGCAACCCUUAUUUACAUUCACAAUUAAUACAACAGGUAGAUGCCUUUGGUACUUAUUUAGAAAAUUCUAGAGGAAAAAAGACUGGUGUUGAUCCUACAUCAUGGCUUAAACCAAAAUUCCAAAAGAAGACUUUUUCAACACUUUGGGGAACAUUAGAGGGUAGUCUCACUAAAUUUGUGAGUGGUGAAGAAGUUCCUACAGAAGAAACUAUAUCUCCAAGAAAAUCUACUGAAAUCAUGAGUCGCUAUCCUUAAUAAUACCUUUUUUUUUUAUUCUCUUUACUCAUGUAUAAUACACGUAUAAAUUUCUUUUUAAACAAUCU